ACGACUGUCAGGUCACCCAGCUCAUAAAAUCUGUUGUGUUCUGACAGAGAACGGCAAGGAGGAGACUUCCCUUAACAGACAGAACAAACACACAUAAAUGCUGGAAUUAUGGGAACAGCACUCCAUCUCCUGUGUUCUUCAAUUUUCCUGCUUUUUCGGUGACAGAAAAAGACACUUGCUGAGUUGAAAUCUGUAGCAAGCGUGUCUUCUUUGACAUCAGUCAAAGAGGACUGAACGAAACAAACACGCUUUUAUGAAAGAUGCCAUGAAGAAAAGGGGAUCCAUCACAUCAUUUGGGAGAACUUGGGAGGUAACACUUUUUGAGCAUUUUGAGAGUCUUUGAAUGCUAAUAAGGGACAGUAUGAACUUGAAUGUCAACAUUUCAAAACUUGUGCCAAAAACUGUCUUCACCUCAAAUUUGAUGCCGUUUGAUGACUGGACACCCAGCCCAGACAUCAUGCUGGGUAAUGCGGUUCAUAACAGUUCAUAUGGUUGUAACAGAAGCUUGGCUGAAACCGAAGCAUCUCUCUUUCCUAAUCUAUCAAGCAGUGGAACUUCCAGUGAACGGACAGAACUCCUGUCGUGGCAAAGGUGCAACGGUGAGACGAGCAAACAGGAGUUAGCUCAAAAAAACUGGGCUGCACUGUUGAUCUUGGUUGUGGUCAUUGUUACGGUUACUGGAAACAUCUUAGUAAUCAUGGCUGUCAAUCUGGAACGAAAACUGCAAAAUGCCACCAAUUACUUCCUCAUGUCACUGGCAGUGGCAGAUAUGCUACUGGGACUUCUGGUCAUGCCUGUCUCCAUGGUGACUAUUGUGUAUGGUUAUUCAUGGCCCCUCCCUGCUGCAAUGUGUCCCGUGUGGAUCUAUCUGGACGUUCUCUUUUCUACCGCCUCCAUCAUGCACCUGUGUGCCAUCUCCCUGGACCGCUAUGUGGCCAUCCGCAACCCUAUCCGACACAAUCGGUCAAACUCACGCUCCCGAGCCCGGGCCAAGAUCACUGCGGUCUGGACCAUCUCUGCAGGCAUCUCUAUGCCAAUCCCAGUGCUGGGUCUGCGGGACCACUCCAAAGUUUUCAGAGAUGGCAGCUGCCUAUUGACUGACAACUCCUUUGUGCUGAUUGGCUCUUUUGUGGCCUUCUUUGUGCCAUUGACCAUCAUGGUGGUGACCUACUUCCUGACUAUCAGUGCUCUGCAGAGCGAGGCUACGGUCUGCUUGGAUCAGCUGGUGCCCCGGCCCAAAUGGAGCACUGGAUUCAGCCUAAACUUCCUUCCCGGACCUGCGUUCUCUCCGUCAGAAAAAAAACUCAUUUUCCGUCGCUCGAUAAGUCGCGAGGCGGAGUCUGGGAUGGGCACUCCUCCUUUUGGACGUCACACUGUGCAAUCGAUCAGCAAUGAGCAGAAGGCCUCCAAAGUUCUGGGUGUGGUCUUCUUUCUGUUUGUGGUCAUGUGGUGUCCGUUUUUCAUCACCAACGUCUUGGCAGUGGUCUGCGAGCCGGCGGCGUGCGAUGCUGAUGUCAUGAAUGGCCUGUUGAAUGUGUUUGUGUGGGUGGGCUACCUUUCCUCCGCUGUCAACCCUUUGGUCUAUACGCUAUUCAAUAAGACUUACCGCUCAGCCUUUGCCAGAUAUAUCCACUGCCAGUUUCAUGAGGAGAGGAAAUCGCUGCAGCUAAUUCUGGUUAAUACCAUUCCACCACUGGCCUAUCAGUCCACACACCUGCCGCUCACCGGAUCAAUAGAAAACGGAGAUUUCUCGAUUCCUCUGUCCAAUAAAAAAAACCCUCUGUCCAAAACCAGCAAAAAUGAGUGUGUUAGUUGCUUGUAAAUUCACUUGACAAAAUGGCAACAUUAACCCCAGAUUGGAAUCAAAAAUGACUUUUUCUGGGAUUUUGUUUGGCAUUCUCUCCAAAUUACUUCUACAGACAGUCUAGAUUGACAUGGCCUACGGGAUAUCAAUAUUCAAACCCCAACUACAUUGACAAACAAACAGCAUUAGAGUCCUUGAGUUUAUCUUAAGAUAUGAGACAUCAAGACUCUUAUCUGACCUGAGCCUCUCCUGACCUCAUCACCUGCUCGACUCAAAAGAUCAGCAUAGGUCACCAGCAUGCAUUGGGGUUUGGAUAAUGAUGCCCAAGAUGGGAUGUUGGCAUGUGUGUGUCCAAGCUACUUAAUUAUAAGAUCAUGCUGACCAACCAGCACCAGUUCAUGAUGGUCUAAACUGGUCUUUUCAGAAGGGUGAACCUAAAUGCAAGUUGAAUCAAUGGAAUAAAACCCAUUGGGUUAUACAAAUUGUAUAUAAAUGUUGAGUAAGAGUUGUGGUUUGAUGUCCAAACGUUUAGUUUUGUAUGUAGCACUUUAUAUUUCAAAAGGUAAAAUCUAGAUUUAUUGUACGGCAGCUCAGUGGUGUUUUGUUUACAAUGUCAGGUUUGUCUUGGCAAAUACAUUUUAAAAAAAUUGAGUAAAACUUGUGAUGUAACGUUUUGUACUGCGUCAAACGAUUAAUAUGCUGUACUUGACUUAUGUGCUGCGGGUUUAUAACAAAAACAAAGAUUUGUAAUAAAUGAAAAAAAAAUGCUCUCCUGAAACACAAUGGCAAAGUGUAGACACAGUAAAUGAUAACAUACACAAAAGGUGACAUUUGGUUUACUAAAUGUUGUUUUUAGACCCACACUUUGACUUUAUCUAUUUAAAACCAAUAUGCCAUUAUUUAUUCACCCUCAUGUCAUUCAAAACUUGUAUAUGAAUCUUUCUUCUGUAAAGAUUGAAAAACGAAGAUAUUUUGAGAAAUGUCUCAGUUAGUUUCCAUACAAUGAAAUUCAAUGGGGUCCAGUGUUGUUUGGUUACCCACAAUCUUUAAAGUAUCAUUAAUCAUCUUUAAAAUAUUAUUUUGUGUUCAUAUAGUUUUGGAAUGAGUGUGAGUAAAUGAUAAACCAUCACUUCAAGAAGCCAUAGUAUAAACUGGUGUCAAGGUUAAAAAAAUUGUUUUCUACUUGAUUCUCCCAAAAAUAAAAAUGAGCAUAAACCUCCUCAAAUGUGUAUCUGCCUUCAAAUUUGUCAUUUGGACCUCUCAAGUAUAAUUUAGAAAAUAAGACCACAUUUUAUAGUUGCAUUAAUAGUCAUAUUGUUCAGAGUAUUCAAUCUCAACCCUUACUUUUGUCAAAUAUCAGGGAGGUUUGUGGUUUGGGAAAUGUACCCCCGACAACAGAGAAACUUCCAGAACAUCCUUGAAUCUUACAAGAGAGCACCAGGUCGAGAUCUCUUCGCUGUGAAAAGCACUGAUCUGUUUUUGAGUAUCUGAAUUGAGAGUAUGUUGUUGUUAUGGUGACAGUCAUAAACUUGUUUGCAGACACAGAAUGACUCAUCUCUAUCUCUGAGUGGAUACUUAUACCAGGUAGAUAUGUUUGUAUGUACAGUGCUUAUAAACCCUCAUUCCAACAUACCAGAAAUAGAUUGUACCAGCAUGACAGCUGUAGAUAAACAUUUUACUUCCAAAACUCAGUUAUUAAUAGGGUUGUUUUGUUGGUCUACUGCUGGUCUUUGUACUUAUCAUGUUGAGUUGAAAUAUUUGAAUCCAGUGC